AUGGCGGCAUAUAUCAAGCAGGAGCCGGACAUCAAGCCGGAUCCCGACGCGAUUACGGCGUCUCCUCUUGACGAGGACGACUUGUACGAGGAUGCCGGCGAUCUCGAGUUCUUCGACCCUAACAGCGAUCAAGGAGCGUUUGGCCAGGCGUAUUUGGCCCGCGUCCCGAAGGACCUAUGGGACGCAUGGGAUAGUCUUCCAGAUGACGCUGAGAUCGAGGUUGGCACGAUGCGGCAGUGGGAUGUUGCGAAGCCUGAUGGUACUGUUGAACACCGAUUCAAGAUGCUUCUCAAUCCAAACCGAGCCGAACACCAACUCAUGCCCAAGGAGUACGACCUGGAAAUGGGCAAGGAGCUGGCACGCAGCACCUUCGUCUUCUCCGAGGAGGACCUUCCUGGCUUCAAGGCGAAAUCGAAAGCCCGGAGCGACGCUGCCAACGCCGGUAUACCAGCUCGAUUCUUACGUCCGAAGAACGAGAAGGUGGAGAAGAAACCUUUUGAAAAGCGCGGCAAAUGGCAACCCUACUACCGCAAGGCGAUUCCGAAGAAAACAAAGAUCGCGGCCAGGAUCCAGUACGAGUUGGCAUGCAAGCCUGUCGAUAAUGCUGAAAGCCAGGCGAUCUUGCAGCGCAAGCAGCUUGAGGCCCUCAAGCCUAAGCACACUCUCCAGAUUAUGGGGCAACGUGCCGCGAACAACGUUAUUCAACACGGGUCUGCUGCCGCGGUAGAGAAGUUCGGUUCCUUCAUCAAAACGACGGCGCCUAUGAAGGCCACAAAGCCAAAGAAGGCAGAGAACCGGUCGGCUCGCAUGUCAGAAGAACAGCUUUUGGAUGGUCUCAUGGAAGCAUUCAGAAAGUAUGAGUACUGGAAGAUGUCUAUCUUGAAGGCCAGGUUCGACCAGCCAGAAGCUUUCUUGCGGCAAACCCUGGAGAAGAUUGCAGUACUCAACCGUUCUGGUAUCCACGCCAACGAAUGGUCACUGCAGGAGCACAUGAAACAAAUGGCCUCUGGCGCAACCAGCGAGACGGCACCAGAAGAGGCAGCAGCCGAUGACGAUGACGAUGAGGUUGUCAUGGAGGACGUCGUCUGA